UAUGUGAUUUGCACUUGUAUGAAACUCAAACACGUAUUCCGAAUAUACAAACUAGAAACAUGUGGAUAAAUAUUAUAAAUAUGAAUACCUAUAACUGUUACUUUAUUACAAAAAAUAAAGAUGUGGUUUUUGGUUCUACUACACCAAUGGUCAAGAGAUGGCGCUGUAGUCUCCUGAAUCGCGCUUUGGUUCCGUUGUUCCAGAUUAAUAAAUACUUUUGAUAGGCCAUCACAAUGCAGUCGUUAGCACCCACUAAAUAGAGAUUCUAUUUCUAUUUUGUUGGUAGAUUUUCUUAAUGUGCGGUAAACACAAAAGUAACGCAUGAAGUUGGUCGCUAAAGCGCUAAAGCGACCAACUUCAUUAUGUUAAAAUUUUGUGUUACAGUGAUGCGCGCGCAUCUUAAAAUUUCACUCUCAUCAUUUUUUCAUCUUCUCAAAUCUUUCAAACUUCAAAAAGAUUUUUAUUGGGUUUUCGUUCAUAAAGAAGUGAUUAUAUACUUUUUUUUACCUUAAGCCUACUACUACCUGAAAUUAUUUUAUAGCACAGUGUGACCUAAACCCGCACUUUACGCACGCUUUUCCGUGACCUAAGUUGCCUAUUUCUGCCGGUGUGUAAAUGAAUUGACCAACUUCACUCAUGUAGAAUAGUACAUUACGAUACGCGUAACUUAACUUUAAUAUGCCAAUCAAGGAAUAAACGUUCAUAGAUACAUUGAAAUUCUAUUUUGUUGUAAUGAUAUUUGAUUUUUUCCUUUUGAAAUAUACUUUCAAAAUGGUAAUCUGAACCGGAAUUCUUUCUUUUCAGAGUUUGACUUGCAGUCUGUAUUGUAAUUCUUUGUGAUUGCAAUACAUGAAUUUUACUUUCAAUACACUAAUCGCAUCCCUCGGGGGGGGCGGAGGAACCCCCCCCCCCCCCCUCUUGCCCGCGUCCGGGGCGGGUUUAUGUCACACUUGCUAUAAAAUAGUAUACGAUACUUGUGGCCUAAGUUGUCUAUUACUGCACGCCGUGCAGUAAUAGGCAACUUAGGUCACGCGUAUCGUAAUGUACUAAUACAUAGUCGGUUCGUCUAAUUAAGUUUACAAAGCAUUUAAAUUCUAAUGGUUAUGCUCGUUUUAAUGUUUAAAUAACAUUGAGUUAAGAGAAUUAACCAUCCAACGUUAAUUGGUAGUUGCCACAAGUAGUUGCACUUUUCGGAAAACAUGAGGUAAACCGCAAUGAGUAUGCAUAAGCAAGGUAGCCACAGUACAGCUUUACAAUAUGAACAUGGAAAUUUUUCCGACAACUCACACUAAGUAAGUGAUUUUAGAACCGGUUUUCAUUAUAUGCUUCGAGACUUUCUUCCACGAUCCCGUAAUUACGACAGCGAACUCAUGAGGAUAUUCGGAAUAAUCUCGACCAUUGACGUCAAAGGACCGGUUUAAUGCCUUUUUUUUUUAAUUAAAGACUAGCGCAUUCAAAUAUUGAGGUACAGUAAUGGUUAUAUACACCGUAUUUAUAUCAUAUAUCAUACAUCAUUAUAUAUCAUCAUAUUUAAUAGUAUGUAAGUAUAAUGUUAUUUUAUUUUAUUUUAUUUUGUGUUGUUUUGUUUUAUUUUAUUUUAUUUUAUUUGACUUAAUUUUUAUUAGAUUGAUAAUUGAUUUAUGAUUUAAAUUGAAAUGAAUUGUAUUUAUUUGUAAUUCGUGUUUUUAAUUUAUAUAUUUUACUAUUAUUAUUGUGAUUAUCAAUUGUUUUUAUACUUCUGUAUGUAAUAUGGGUACUACGCCUGAAAUAAAAGAUUAUUAUAAUUAUUAAAGUGUUAUAUGUAAUUAAAUAUUCAUGACCUUCGAGAAAAAAAUACGUGACAUAUUUUUGCUUGUUAAUUAUUAUUCUUCAAAAAUUUGUAUUGUACUGUCAGGUCACUUUUUUUAAUUCUCUUCAAACCUGUUUUUUAAUAGGCAAACAUAUUAACUCCGAAACCUACUGAACUACUGUCAGGCUCAGUGGCAACUUAUUAAUAAUUGUAGCACAGGAAACAUAUUACUUUCUAAAUAAAAUGUUUGGUUUUAGGCGUUGUUUAGUUUACAUUUAUAAGCAAAACCUCUUUGUAAUCAUACGAACACUUGGGAGCUAGUUAAUUAAACUUUAUUUAUAUAUUAAAAAUAUAAGGUGUUACAUUAAUAUACCUUGUUGUUUGAACAGCAAUGUUUAAGUUAAUAAGAAAUUUAAAUAAAAUAGUGACAGAUAGUGGUCAUAAUUACAUUAUAUUAUCUAUAUCUAUAAUAUCAAACCUUGCCGAACAUUAUAACUUGCUUACACCUACUGCAUUUAUAAAAAUAAAUGCAUUUAUAAUACAAGUAAUCUCACGCGUCCUAUCAAUGUGCGCUGAACUUGAUCUCAGUAUUUGUUUGGUCUCGUACCACAGCGGAUUGGUAUAAGCACCACUCAAUACUGUCCAGCGAACGUAUCGAUACAGUCGUUUUAACAUAGGAAAAAUGUCGUUCUCAAUACCAGACGGGCUGGUGAUGGACCCACUGGCGCCGACGGCACUCGCGGUCUCCAACGAGUUCAUGGGUCGUUUAGGCAGUGGCCUGUCCCUACUGAGGGACCAUGGAAAGAAAGUUCAAAAGUAUGUUAUGAAAAAUAGAAAAUUCGACAUUUUCUCGAAGAGGUCAUGCAAGUCAGUGGUGAACGUCGUGUUGGUCGAGGCCAAGGACUUGCCCGACGGACCGACAAACGGAUCCAAUGGACUCUACUGCAAAUUCAAAUUAGGAACAGAGACGCACAAAACGAAGCAUGUUUCAAAAUCAAAGGCAAUGUGGUGCGAGAGAUUCAAUAUGUACCUGUACGAUGACUGCGUAUUAGAGACGACGGUGUGGCACAAAGAGAAACAGAAAAAUUUCAUGGGACGGUGUUCUAUCGACCUUUCGCGUCUGGAGAGGGAAAAGACCCAUGAUAUGUGGUUAGAAAUGGAGUGUGGAUACGGUAGCCUUCACCUGCUCGUGACCGUAAACGGGCCUGCUCCAGUAAUACCCAACGAUUCAAUACCUACCACGACCAGUAUUCAUCAUACCACCCUUGAGAAGGAGGAGUUUACGUGGUAUAAGCUAGACAACUUAAACGAGGUGGGCCAGCUGCUAGUGACAGUGCACGGCGCGCGAGGUCUCAGUGCACCCGGGUUUGGUAGCCGAACCGACCCUUACUGUGUCCUGGAAUUAGACAACGCGCGCGUACAAACUCACACCGUGUUAGCCACCAACGAACCACACUGGAAUAAAACCUACUUCUUUUCAGUAAACGACAUCACAUCGACUUUGGACAUCACUGUAUACGACGAGUGCAUGAUAAACUCUAUAAAGGGAGAGACGCUGGGAAAGCUCUCGAUUCCCCUGCUGAGGAUCAACAACGAGGAGAAACGAUGGUACGCGCUCAAGGACAGAACGCGGAAGAACAGCGCGAAGGGCAACUGCCCAAGAAUAUUGCUGCAGAUGUCUGUUGUUUGGAAUCCGAUCAAAGCUUCAAUCAGAGUAUUAAGUCCCAAGGAAACAAAAUACAUGCAAAAACCAGCCAAAUUCAACAUUCCGCUGAUUUACAGUAAUCUCAAAUUUAUUCGUGAUGUAUUCAACGCACUUUACGUAGCAAAUGAGCAUAUCAAGCAUGCAUUUGAAUGGGAGAACCGGGAGCUUUGUGUCGUGGCGCUGGCAGCCUGGCUCGGCUUCUGGUACUACUUCCGUAUAUGGAUGACGCCGCUGAUGUUGGUGGCACCCUUCUUGUAUUACUGGUUCGAACAAAAAUGCAGUACGAGAGGUAGGAGUAAUGCAUUGGUUCUCUUUAGCCAAUCAGAGGCUGAACUAGAGGAUGAAGAUUUAGAACAAAAGGACGACAAGUCAAUACGAACUCGAUUAUACGGACUUCAAGAUAUUACGUUUACGAUAAAGAAUGGUAUCGAUUACGCAGUGUCGCUCGCGGAGAGAAUAAAAAAUUUGGCGAGCUUCGCAGUGCCCUACUUGAGUUGCAUAGCAAUAACUGCCUUGCUGAUAACAGCAAUUAGCCUCUACUUCGUUCCGUGCAAUUAUUUAAUAAUGACUCUAGGUAUUUACAAAUUCAUGAGAAAGUUCCUAAAUCCGGAUCGAGUGCCCAACAACGACUUAUUGGACUUCCUGUCAAGAGUUCCCGAUGAUGAAGAUUUGAAACAAUGGCGGGAGUUAAAAGUUCCGGAGCCAAGUUUCUUCAGACGAACGUUAUCGAAAAAAAAAUCGAAGAGCGUCGACCAGGAUCAAUUCACACAAAAUUAGCGAAGCGAAGCGAUGCUGUUUACUUGCUUAAUAUUAUAGACUGGAAUUACUGUGAUUAUGGAUUUGAAUGUACUUAGUGCCAUAGAGGAAAUGCUAUCUGAGUACGUCAAUAGUAAGAUGAUCUUUAAUUGUUUAGGCAUUUACGUACAAAAAUGUAUGGUCGAGAAUAUCGGAAGAUUUGAAAUCCAUCGAAUAAGGGCUAAUUUUUUAAAUAAGGAAAUCCACAAAAUCGGAAUUAAACAAAAGGACAGCUCCCGCUGUCCUCGUAAUUAAUUACCUAAACUUAUCGCUAUUCAUUUAAAUAUUAAGUGUCGUAAUGUAAUGAAUUCUGCUUGAAACUGCGUGAAAAUGCCUGUAAACGUAAAGUGCGUGCUAGAAAUUACAGUUUAUUCUGAGCCGACUCUUGCUUACCUUGUGGCAAAACUUAUUUGUUGGAUAUUAUGCCAGAAAAAUACAUUGAAAAUGUUGAGGCAUGUAUAUUAAUUUCUGAUGUUGCAGAUGUUAUUUCUUUUUGAUUGGAUACCUAAUUUAUAUUACACAAGUUUUAUCCGAGAAUAAGACAAAUUAGCCUAAAAUGAAAACUAUCACGACACUGCAAAUGUCUGUGUCAAAGACAAUGUAUGUACGAAGACUGUAAAUAAAUUUAAGAUAAGGUUAUAUAAUUGUUGUAAUGAAAUUAGAAUUGGCAUAACAUAGAUAAUUGUAAAAGAGGCAAAUAUAUUUUAACUACAGUACUCACACAAUAUAAGUAGGUAUUGAUUUUAACUCGUUCAACUAAUAAUUUUACGGUUCUUCUUCUUCGAAAUAUCGAAGUGCAUUUAAGGACAGUAUUAAAUUAUGAGUACGUACUCUUAUAUUUAUUGGGAAAAAUCAAAAGUGCAAAUGAUAAAGCAAUAUUUUUGUAAAUAUUAUUUUUGGGACAUUACAAAUAUUAGACUUUAUAAAACAAGACAAGUACUUUGGGACUCUGAUGUGAGUUCAAUCGAAAUGGUGUCAUGUUGCUAGCAUGACGGAUGUGAAUAUUUGAACAGACUGACGUAGAUAUUAUUGGAUAUAAUAUAAUACUAACAUACCUAUAAUUAUCCGUAUAGUAGUCACUGUACUUUAAGCUAACAUAUGAAAUAUUACAAUUAACGUGGCUUAAUAGAAAAAACCUGUAGGUAUUUUUGCCAUUGUCAGUAGAUUGAAUAAGUAUUUGUAUUGAAUUAUUACAGCCACAAGACAUCACAUUAUUUUCAUUAUUAUAUUCAAUACUAAAGAAAGUAGUCACAUCAAAUGCUUAUGUGACGACUGAAUAUUUUGUGAUAAGUAUAUUGGUAUAAAAGCUUCUACAAAAUUGUGAUAUAUGGUGUAAAUGCCAUUUGUGAUCCAUUUUUUAAGGAC